AUUAUACCCUUUUCUACUCUAUCCUCAUUUCUCCUAUUUAUACCCUGUUUGGGAUAACUCUUUCUCCUCUCCUAUUUUCCCCAUCUUUCUCUCUCCUCAUCAUAAAAAAAAAAAUACCCAGAAAAUUCAAAUUCUAUUUCUUUCAAUUUCCUUAAAUUCCCAUAAUUUUGUUUCAAAAGGUGAUGAAAUUCAGCCAAAAUACAGAGCAUUCAUCAGAUUUCUCUAUAUGAAACAUAUAACUCUGUUACGCCGUGUUCGUCUUGCUCAAUCAUUUUCUGUUGUUUUUCUUUACUGGUUUUACGUCUUCUCAUAAACUAACCAAACAUCUCCUUAAUUUCAAAUUUUCUCUCUUAAAUUUUAAAAACCCUAAAAAAUGCAGCCAUUGAUGAACACAAACGAAGUUAAAAACACUAGUGUUGCUCUUCCUACAAGAAGCUCAGGAUCAUCAGAAGGAGGAUUUAGCAGCGAUGAAAAGAAGCGUAGAAGAAUGGAAUCGAAUCGAGAAUCAGCGAGAAGAUCGAGGCAAAAGAAGCAACAACAUCUUGAUGAUUUAAUUCGAGAAGUGAGUAAUUUAACGCGUGAAAAUGAAGAAAUUGGUAAGAAAAUUGGGGAAGUUUCUGGAAUAUUUGACACCAUUGAUGCGCAGAAUAAAGUAUUGGUGAAUCAUAAAGAUAAACUUUCUGCGAGGUUAGAAUCUCUUGAAUCAAUCAUUGAGAUAGCGAAAGUUGUCAGAUCAUCAUCUUCAUCAUCUGGGAAUAAUAACAACAAUAAUGGAGAAUGUUUGUAUGAAUUAAAUUCUGAUCCAAUGAUGAAACCAUGGCAAUUGCCUUGUCCUUCUAUGCCUAUUUUUGCAUCUUCUGGUGUAAAUUGCUUCAAGUUUUGAAGAAUAAUGGUUACUUUUUAAGGGGUAGAUUAGGGAUUUUUAGUUGUUGUGGUGUUGUAGAAUGAUACUCCCUCCGUUUCCGAAAGUUCUUCCUACACUAAUUCCCUAAAUUUUAAAUAGGAACAAGAAACGAAUACAGAGGGAUAGCUUUUUUUUUUUUUAGGUAAUUUCAAUGUAAUUUUCGUUUUUUUUGGCUAGUGAUGAAGUAUAAAUUGUUUUUAUAAUUAUGAUAGUUUCAUUUUGUUUUGGAUA